GUAAAGGGACAUCAGGGCUAGCCUGAGUCAUUUAUAGAGCCAGGCAGGGCUAGAAAAGAGAGAGAAAGAAAGAGGAGGGGAAGAGAGAUCAAACAAACCCUGCAAGGAGCAGGAUGUCCCAGCAAGACAAAGCCAGGCUGUGAGCAUCAUGUACGUGAGUUACCUUUUGGAUAAAGAAACCAGCAUGUAUCCAGGAUCUGCAAGGUGCAGCAGCAACAACCUGCCGGUGCAAAACUUUGUGUCUGCUCCACCCUACUCGGACUACAUGGGAUACCACCCCGUGCCAAGCCUGGAGAGCCAGGGGCCGCCCGCGGGGACCUGGGGGUCUCCCUACGGCCCCCCGCGGGAGGACUGGAGCGCGUACGGCCCAGGACCUUCCAGCACGGUGGCUGCUGCUCAGCUCAACGGCUCCUCGCCCGGACAGGUCUACAGCCCCCUCCAUCCCGCUGGAGCUGGGGGGUUACCUCCUGCAGACACAAUUAAUGCACAGCAAAUCUCUCCCAACAGCCAAAGGCACAGCUCUUACGAAUGGAUGAGGAAAACGGUGCAAUCCACCUCCACAGGUAAAACAAGAACAAGAGAGAAGUACCGAGUGGUUUACACAGAUCAUCAGAGAUUAGAAUUAGAGAAGGAGUUUCAUUACAACAGAUACAUUACAAUCAGGAGGAAGUCUGAACUUGCUGCAAACCUAAGACUUUCCGAGAGACAGGUGAAAAUCUGGUUCCAGAAUCGCAGAGCCAAAGAAAGAAAACUAAUGAAGAAGAAAAUGACUCAUUUUGACGGCAGCAAUCUUGGCUCUCUGCAGAGUGACUCUGGCUCGGUGAGCCCCAUGCCGGUCCCUGACCAACAGACUCAUUCGGAAAUGCCCAGCUCUUUAUUCCCC